CUGCCAUAUUGUUGUGUCACGUGACGAGGGAGUAGUGAGGUGAAUGCGCCGGGUCGAAUUCGUGACGGAGAGUUAAAAAUUUGGACAUCAUCGUCUACUAGGAAACCAAUUACAAGAUGGAUGUACGAAAAGUGACAGAAUUAUUACGAGCCACGAUCGACCCAGAACAACAAAAGCAAGCUGAAGAGCAGCUAAAUCAGGUGUUAUAUAUUUGAAGAAUUUAAUUACAACAAAUUGGGCUGAUAGAGAAAAUGAAAACGGCUCUGUUAAAUUUACUAUUCAUGAACAAGAUCGUGCAAUGAUUCGUGAUGCAAUUGUUGAUGCCCUUGUACAUGCACCAGAACUUAUUAGAGUACAAUUAGCUGUUUGCGUUAAUAAUAUAGUAAAACAUGAUUUCCCUGGAAGAUGGACGCAAAUUGUGGACAAAAUUACAAUAUAUUUACAAAAUUCAGAUGCUUCUUGCUGGCCAGGUGUUCUCCUUGCACUCCAUCAACUUGUCAAAAAUUUUGAGUAUAAAAAGGCAGAAGAAAGAGGACCUUUGAAUGAAGCAAUGAAUCUUUUGUUUCCUAUGAUUUAUCAAUUGAUAUUACGGCUUUUACCAGAUCCUUCAGAUCAGUCAGUAUUGCUACAAAAGCAGAUAUUAAAAAUAUUUUUUGCUCUUACGCAGUAUACACUCCCUUUAGAUUUGAUUUCAAAGGAAGUUUUUUCACAAUGGAUGGAUGUAGUGCGACAAAUAGCUGAUAGACCUGUACCACCUGAAACUAACAAUCCAGACUUGGAUGAUGAUGAACGAUCAGAAUUGCCAUGGUGGAAAUGUAAGAAAUGGGCUCUUCAUAUUUUACGCAGAAUGUUUGAAAGAUAUGGAAGUCCUGGAAAUGUAACUCAAGAGUAUAAAGAAUUUGCUGGAUGGUACUUAAGAACUUUCAGUGCAGGGAUACUUGAAGUCCUUUUGAAAAUUUUGGACCAAUAUAGAAGAAAAAUAUAUGUAUCACCUAGAGUGAUUCAACAAUCAAUUAAUUAUAUUAAUCAGGGAGUAAGCCAUGCAUAUUCAUGGAAGUUCUUGAAACCACAUAUGUUUGAGAUAAUUCGCGAUGUACUCUUUCCAAUUCUCUCAUAUUCCGCUGCAGACGAAGAACUUUGGAACAAUAAUCCAUAUGAAUAUAUUAGGGUGAAAUUUGAUAUAUUCGAAGAUUUUGUGUCUCCAGUAACUGCAGCACAAACCUUAUUAUAUUCUGCGUGCAAAAAACGUAAGGAUAUGCUUCAAGAGACUAUGCAAUUUUGUAUGGAAGUACUAACCAGUCCAAAUGCAGAUCCUAGACAAAAGGAUGGUGCAUUACAUAUGGUUGGUAGUUUAGCAGAUGUAUUAUUAAAGAAGAAAGUUUAUAAAGAACAAAUGGAUAAGAUGUUGCUACAAUACGUUUUUCCAGAAUUUAAUAGUCCUCAUGGGCAUAUGCGAGCAAGAGCAUGUUGGGUAUUGCAUUAUUUCUCCGAAAUAAAAUUUAAACAAGAACAAAUAUUAGUUGAGGCCGUUCGAUUGACGACGAAUGCUCUUCUGACGGACCAAGAUCUACCUGUUAAGGUAGAGGCUGCUAUUGCUUUGCAGAUGCUUCUUUCUGCUCAAGAGAAGGCACAAAAAUAUGUAGAACCUCUAAUUAAGCCUAUAACUCUUGAAUUAUUAGCUAUUAUACGAGAAACAGAAAAUGAUGAUUUAACAACUGUUAUUCAAAAAAUUGUUUAUACAUAUUCAGAACAACUUAUGCCAAUUGCAGUUGAGAUGUGUCAACAUCUUGCUGCAACUUUCAGUCAAGUGCUGGAAACAGAUGAAGGCAGUGACGAAAAAGCUAUUACUGCCAUGGGAUUGUUAAAUACAAUAGAGACUUUAUUAAGUGUAAUGGAUAAUCAACCACAAAUCAUGGCACUAUUACAACCAAUAGUGCUUCAAGUUGUUGCCCAUAUUUUUGGAGAAAGUGUUAUGGAAUUCUAUGAAGAAGCUCUUUCAUUAGUUUAUGACCUCACUGGGAAAACAAUCUCGGGAGAUAUGUGGAAAGUCUUAGAAUUAAUGUAUCAGUUAUUCCAGAAAGAUGGUUUCGAAUACUUUACUGAUAUGAUGCCUGCCCUUCAUAAUUAUAUUACAGUUGACACUCCAGCAUUUUUAUCCAAUGAAAAUCAUAUAUUAGCUAUGUUUAAUAUGUGCAAAGCUUGUAUACCUUCAUUCGUACAAUUGGUAUUAGAACGUUUGAUGCGUGAAGUUAAAACAUCUGAAUUGAGAACAAUGUGUUUGCAAGUAGUAAUUGCAGCUCUUUAUUAUAAUCCAGCCCUGUGUCUCGAAACAAUGGAUAGAUUACAAGGAAAUUUUAGACAGUCAACGGAACCAAUUGCUUCACACUUCAUUAAACAGUGGAUUCACGAUACAGAUUGUUUCUUAGGAUUACAUGAUAGAAAGCUCUGUGUUCUUGGAUUAUGUACUUUAAUUAGUAUGGGUCCAGCAAGACCACCAGCGGUAAAUGAAUGCGUUCAACAAAUCAUCCCAUCUUUGAUUUUACUUUUUGAUGGAUUGAAAAGAGCCUAUGCAGCUAAGGCAUCUGAUACCGAUGACGAAGAGAAUGAAGAGGAUGAUAGUGAUAUAGACGAAGAGGUUUUAUCAUCUGAUGAAGACGAAAUAGACGAUGCUAGUCAAGAAUAUUUGGAAAAGCUACAAGAAAAAGUAACAAGAUCAUCUACACAACAUGGUUUUAGUGUAUCAGCCUCAAUUCAAGAUGGACAUGGUGAUCACAGAUCAGAUGAUGACGGUGAUGACUCAGAAUACGAUGCUAACGAGGAAACUCCGCUUGAAUGCUAUAUUACACCUUUGGAUUCGGACAAUAUGAAUCAAGACGAAUAUGUUGUUUUCAAAGAAGUAAUGCAAAAUAUUGAAAGAACAGAUACAGUUUGGUACAGAGCAUUAACUGGUCAUUUAACUACAGAACAACAAAAAGCAUUGCAGGAGAUUAUUCUUUUAGCAGAUCAGCGUAAAGCAGCCCUUGAAAGUAAAAGAAUUGAACAGAGCGGUGCUCGAUACAUACAACAAUGGUAGCAUCCUUUCGAGCGUUUGGAAAUCCAUUCCACGAUGGAAUCUGCGGAGAAGCACGCUUCUUCUCAUAACAUAAUAAUAAAACAUUCCAGGGAAUAUGUUCUGAUCUCGAUUUCCAAAUCAUCGUGCUUCUUCGCCGAGCUCACACCAAUCCAUCGUUUAGCGCGAUCGAAUUUUUUCUUUUUUUUUUUUUUU